UCCAAGACAAAACCACUCUUUGGUUUGUCCAUCAUGGCUGCGCCCCUAGUUCAAUGUGAAAGUAAGCGAUCAUGCUGCCAUGAAGUAACCUUGCGCUACAUAUAGAGUCACCGAAGUAUGUUUGAAUUUCAGCGAUAACUCGGCCAGAUAAGUUUAUAUCAUAAAUGGCUUUCCGUGUGAGCAUCUCGAUUUUCGGGAAAUCUUUACGUGUUCCGAGAAUUGCUAACGUGUCUGCGCCACUGGAAAAUGCGUCACCGUUUCUCAGAACGGGAAGGGCUGCCCGUCGUCCAGGGACCAAUAAUGGACACGGUUUUCGCUUCACUCCUGCCUGUUUUAUUACAUCGGAUGCGUUUUUGAGCAGACUGGAGAAAGGCAAAGCGGCGGAGACAGAUGACACUCUUUAUCACUAUCCAACCUCAGUUCUGCCCGACAGCGCUGAACAAUUAUCAUUGCUGGUGAAGGAUCCAGAUCAACCAGAGAACUCAAAGGUUUUAAGAGUGGCCAUCAUUGGUGCCCCAAAUGCUGGGAAGUCCACACUGUCCAACCAACUGCUUGGCAGAAAGGUGUUUGCCGUUUCCAAGAAAGUGCACACCACACGGUCCCGUGCCCUUGGCGUUCUCACAGAAGACGACACACAAAUUAUUUUACUGGACACUCCUGGACUCACUACACCUACAAAAGUCAAGAGGCACCAGCUGGAGAAGUCUCUCCUCGAGGAUCCUUGGAAUACAGUCAAGGAAGCUAGUCUUGUGGUGGUAAUGGUAGAUGUGUCAGACAAGUGGGCCUGCAACAAGCUAGACUUUGAGGUCCUGAAAUGCCUGACCCAAUACCCAGAUGUCCCAGCAGUCCUAGUUCUCAAUAAGGUUGACAUGCUGAAGAGCAAGAGCAGGUUGUUGGAGAUCACAGCAGAUCUGACAUGUGGAGUGGUGAACGGCCGGAAGCUGCAGGUCCGCAGGAUGAUCAAGCCACCCUGGGCUGAGAGGAGGACAGACAGGGAGGCUAGGACAUCAGGGUCUGGAGAUGAGGACAUGCCGGGUGGUGAUGUGGCUCAUGGUGAGGGCAGUGAGGCCCAGUCAGGGCUGAGUAAGGAGCAGCUUAGGGUUCUGAAGACCCAACAGGGCUGGGCUCACUUCAAGGACGUCUUCAUGCUCUCUGCUGUGGAUGGAGAGGAUGUGGAGACACUGAAGAGAUACCUAUUAGUGGGGGCAAAGCCUGGGUCUUGGCAAUACCACAGUGAUGUCCUGACAGAUCAGACUCCUGAGGAGAUCUGCACCAACACUGUCAGAGAGAAGCUUCUGGAAUAUCUGCCCAAAGAAGUCCCUUACACAAUGACGCAGGCCAUUGACUUGUGGCACGACAGGGAGAAUGGAGAGCUGGAUAUAGCAGUAAAACUGUAUGUGAAGAAAGAAAGUCACAUGAAAAUGGUGAUUGGCCAGGCUGGUCAGAUGGUUGCCAGGAUAGCCAGAGAGGCUGGAGACGACCUAAGCACAGUGUUCCUCAGGGAGGUCAAGCUGAGGCUCUCUGUGAAGGUGAAGAACUGACGAGGAUUAUGAUGAACUGAGUGUUAUGAUCAUCUGGGGGACAGUUUUAUGGUGGCCUUGUGAAUAGGAAAUGAACACUGUUGGACUCACUAUUUUCAAGGAAAGAUCUGACUGGUUUCUACUUCUUAACUAUCAAAUCAAAGUUUAUUUGUCACAUGCACCGAGUACAACCGGUGUAGACCUUACAGUGAAAUGCUUACUUACAGGCUCCAACCAAUAGUGCAAAAAAGGUAUUAGGGGAACAAUGGGUAAGUAA